AUUAAACAAACGACGAUAACAACAACGAAAACAACAUGGUGGACGAAGGGAAGAAGAAAACGAAAAACCUUGAAGUUGUGGAGACGGACGAUCCAGAAGAUGACAUGUGUCGAACAUUUGUAAUGAACAAUGAGGAUCACACGUUGGGCAAUGCCCUCCGGUAUAUGGUCAUCAAAAAUCCAGAUGUCAAGUUCUGCGGCUACAGUGUCCCACAUCCAUCCGAAAACAGGAUAAAUUUCAGGAUCCAAACGAAUGGUCCACCUGCAGUAGAUGUGUUGAGAAGAGGUUUGGCUGAACUGACAACAGUCUGUGAACAUGUCUUGAGCACAUUUGAGGAUAAAUGCUCACAGUACAAGAAGCAGAAGGAAAAACGAGAAGAAGAGUUGAUGGACAGCUGAUUCUUUUAACAUUUAAAAAAGAACUUUCCAGGAAGCAUUUUUUGAGCAAGACAUGGUCAUUUAUCCACUAGUUUGAGAGAAAACUCCAUUAACAUUUCAUUGACAUUCAUAUUCAAAUGGGCUACAACGGAAUCAACAUGUUCUGUGAGGCGUUCUGAAGUCUCUCUUUACAAGUAAAUGUGAUGUCAUUUGGAUAUAGAUUUUCAGGUGAAAUGCACAAGUUAUCAUAUAUUCAAGCCUCUCCUUUUAAACUGUACAAAGGUUUUUCAUGAAAAUAACAUGAUUUUGAUU